UCCCCCCCCCCCCCCCCCCCCCUCCCAAUCAUGUUCUGGUUUCUCUCUCACCGCCGCCAACAACAACAUCAACAACAGGCCUUACUCCCGUUGUUUUCUCUCCUCUCCUCGGCUUCACCUUCCUCUGCGUCGUCCAGCUCCAGCCUCCAAAUACGUAGAGUCCUAAAAGCCCCUGGCCGUCCGAUUGCCAUCCGCGCAGACCAAAUCACCGAUACCAAGACCACCCUGGUCGUGCGCCCGCAAGGCGACGCCCAAUCUGCCGUGGCAUACAAGAUCGAGGACCUCGACGGUAUCACCCUCUUCACCGCCACCGGACGCAAGUUCUCUCACCGUCCCUGCCGCGAAUUCCGCGACGCCUCGGGACUCCCGCUAUUCGAACUGCACCGACGCCUCUCCUUCCGCAAUAAUUGGUCCGUCACGCUCCCGGGCUCCUCCCGCAAAGACAAAACCUACUCCCCACUUGCCACGGGGUCGCGGCGUCGGGCAAGUCGUCGGUCUGCCGCUUCCUUUGGCUCGACUACCCGCGGAGGGAACUUCACUAUCACCUUUGAUAACGUCGCCGCCGUCGACGGCAAACAGCCCGAGGAACGUGUAUUGACCCUAGAGGUGCAACGGCAUGGGAAUGUUCUCGCUCUGUUCGACAUCGUGGAUGGGGACCGCAAGAUCGCCGAGGUGAGGGAGAGUAUACGCCAUAACGAGAAGCUGGCUUUGAUGCCGGCCUCGCGCGUGGGCUACAGGCCUGUGUUGGAUGUUAUUGUGACACCCGGGGUGGAUCUGGCUCUGGUAGCGACCAUUGCGGUCAUCGCGUCAGACACGGUGUUUGCGUCGAAUUAUUGAUCCCGUGCUGAGGAGCAUGAAGGCGGAGAUGCUUUUUGGAUGACGAUGACGACCAUGAUUCUAACGACCGACUUGUUGUAAUGCAAUUUUGGAUUUCCUUAUCGUGGACGGGCGUUAUAAUUGACUGCACAUUGAGCAAUAACAUGUCUUUUUUCCCCUGCCAGGCGCUGGGAUUGCCUCCGGAGUGUCGGGCAUUUUCUGCUGGUUUAAUUGUCGGGGGUAUUUUGUCUCCGUUUGUGUCGAUAUGAGUUGAGAAUGGCAAAAUCUGUAUUAUGUUCGUGCCAUGUUCAUCCAGAAGAAGUCAUACUAUUUCACGGAUGCGCUCAAGAUUUCGACGAGCCCCC